AUGAGGGACAGCUGCACACACUGAUUCAAUUGUUCAGUCCACCAUACAUGCACACAAUCGCAUCCACUCUGAAGCCAUCAAGCCAGCCAGCCAGCCAGCCAGCCGACCCAGUGCGUCGCACACGGCUGUCUGCACAAAUAUGUACACAUAUAUGCAAACAGAUAUGGAGAUAGAGAUAGAGGAAGGCACGCCAGGUAGCAGGCAGAUUCCUCAUGCAUGAAAUGGCGGGUCAGUAUCAGCCGCCCAGCCAGCCAUCGCCCCAUGACCACCCAGACAGACCAUCACGCACUGCAGCCAGCCAACCCUUCAUGGAGCCGCACAAGUCAGCCAAGUCAGUCUGUACACCCCACCCCCCCGUCUCUAUGAAUCGACACGAAUGUAUUGAUGAGGACACGCCCGCCCCGGACACGCCACUCAUCAACACACGAAGAAACAAAGAAUUCUGGGAGGCAGAGUAGAGUCGACACGCAUGGACAGGGAGAUAUGGUUGGUAUAUGUAACAAGAAACGAGGGGAGAGAGGCGUACGAGUGAGUGGAUCGACAUGUGAUGUGUGUGUCAUGUCGUCCAGCCCGGCACACCAACCCACAUCACACCAUGGCAAAAGGAGAGAAGAGAGGCAGGUCCAUCCAUGGGUAGGAUGGGCAGGCAGGCAGGUGUCCAUCAUCGGUCAGCUAAGUAGAAGACGACGAGCUCUGAGGUCGACGCCGCCCCGACCACUGCACACAUGAAUGCACGAAAGAAAUAAGAGACAAGACAGUCUCGUUCGUUGUCGUGUGUGGAUUCCUUUGCACGUGCGCACGCACCUGUGAUUGGCUAUCUGUCAUCACUUGAGCGCUGGCAGAGCACACAGCUUGCUGAAUGCCAGGUGGAAGUCGGUGGGCCUCGAGCCGUCACCCUGGGGCUCCUCGGUGCUCCACGCAGCGAUGUACGCCCACGACCGCUCGUCCCCCUCCAUCGGCCGGUUCAUGUGCACGCUGAUGUGCGCCGCACAGCCGUCGCCCUCCUUGUCGCCACAGAGGAUGAGCAGCCGACACGAGGUGUCGUCGCCGAUGACGUAGUCGAUGGUGCGGCAGCCGUUUUUGACGAAGUUGAUCGUGUCCCGCGUCACGGGGUCGCACUGGUCGAUCAUCUUCUGUGUCACCAAGUCGCAGCGAAUCUCCUGCUCGUUCACGGUGACCUUGUCUGCACACACAUACACACACACACACACUGGUUCUGUCAAUCUGUGUAUCAUUUCAUUCUGCGCAGAACGGACCUCGCCGAUAGAGCGGCGGAGGCUCGUUCAUCAUGCUUGCGAUCUGGUCGAACUGCGCCGUCUGCCGCCCCCAGGUCUUGCCAUGCAUCAAGCACGCCCUCUCCGUACUCAUCCUGAGAGCGGGAAACACACAAAGAGCCGAGCCGACUUGCUCAUUCAGUCACUUGAGUGAGUCGCUCGCUGCCCUGCCCACCUCUCUAUGAUCAUCCCGCUGAAGCUACCGUAAUCGACACGCCUGUCUGCAAAGAGAGAGAGAGAUAUAUAUAGAGAGGCAAGAAGGAAGAUGAGCAUGCCCCUCUCAUGGUUGGUUGGUGCUUCACCCUCCCCUCCCCUCCGUCCCUUCCACUGCUUACAUCUGCACGGGGGAUCGUUGGCAUCCACAGGACCCAGCAAACGGACCAGAAGGAUCUUUUGCAAGGGUCGGUACGGGAAUAUCAAGGUCCCGCCCAUCAUAUCAAACCCGUGCGCACCCCCCGGCAAGCCCCCCAGCCGCUCCAACUCCAUCCCUCUGCCCAGUCGAUGCCCAACGAGUGACCACUGCCGGAUGGCGGGCGGGCGGCUGUCGAAGACGACCU